AUAAAUGCCAUCAGAGCUGCUUCAGAAGAAGGAGUUAAAAGAUUUGUUUACAUCUCUGCUGCAGACUUUGGUGUUGCAAAUUACGUGCUACAAGGUUAUUAUGAGGGGAAGAGAGCUGCUGAAACUGAGCUGCUAACAAGAUAUCCAUAUGGAGGAAUAAUUCUGAGGCCUGGAUUUAUCUAUGGGACCCGUCGUGUCGGGAGCAUGAAAUUGCCCCUCGGUGUAGUUGGUUCUCCUCUAGAGAUGAUUUUGCAACGUGCAAAACCAUUGAGUCAAAUACCCCUUGUCGGGCCACUGUUUACUCCUCCUGUGAACGUCACUGCAGUAGCUAAAGUUGCUGUAAGAGCGGCAACAGACCCUGUAUUCCCUCCUGGUGUGAUUGAUGUUUAUGGAAUCUUACGCUACAGUCAGCAGAGAUCUGUAUAAGUUUCAGGCAGAGCAGCUUAUUUUGGCACUUCGUAGGAUGAAAGAAAAAGCAGAGCAGCUUGGUUCAGUUCAUCAAUUUGUUCUGGUGGAGAAGGCUAGUUGAAUCUAUGCAAGUGCUUUAAAUAUGAAUAAAUGACAAUUCACUAUCAGAUGAAUAAGCGGAUACACGAAUAAAAGAGCAGCAAAUUGCAGUUCCGGGCAAACAGUUGCUUUUACCGAAAUGUUGUAGUUUUUCCAGUAACUUGGUUUGUAUUGGUUGAUGAAUAUAUUGUAUUUGGCCUAUUUUUCUUGACCAAAUGUUUGGCGAGGAAGUAACCGAGUUCAUUUUCAUCGACGGCGUGCAUGUUGUUAAUGUUGAUUUGCAGGCGAUUAGAGAUGCAGAGUAGUUCAUGAGUUUAUUUCCA